AUGGCGUCUACAAAUUCCGGUAUCACUACUGACGCCCUAACCGGGGAACGUUACAUCCCCUCUUCAGUCCGCCCAGACGGUUCCAAGCGUCGCGAGAUCAAAGUUCGACCAGGUUACCGCCCACCAGAAGAUGUCGAGCUGUACAAGAACCGUGCCGCCGCGGCUUGGCGAAACCGUGGUUCUGGCGGGGUUCCAGGCGCCGAGGGAUUGAGCGAAGCGAGCGAAAACAAAGCAAACACAGCAGCCAGCAACAAGAACGCGAAGCGGCGAGAGGCAAAGAAAAAGGCCAAGGCGGCGCAGGAGUUUGAGUCGACAUCGACAUCGACACAGGCCAAUGGACAGAGUGUGCGGGAUCUAGAGAACUGGCGUUCGGGUGCCUCUGCAGCUGAGAAGAAAGAUUCGACCGCUGAAGCGCAGCCCGAAGUCGAUCCUGAGGCGGAGAAGGAGAAGAAAGCACGGAACCUGAAGAAGAAGCUCAGACAGGCGCGCGAUCUGCGGGACAAGAAGAACCAGGGCGAGGCGCUGCUGCCCGAGCAGUUGGAGAAAGUGAUCAAGAUCCAGGAGUUGAUUCGGCAGCUUGAUGCACUGGGUUUUGAUGCUAAUGGCGACAAGAAGGACUCUACCGAAGAGAAAGAGAAAGAGAAGGAGAAGGAGAAGGAGGGUGCCUGA